AUGACGAAUAUAACAUACGGGAAAGUUAAGAAGACGAGAUCAAGUAGAGCUUGUGAAAACUGCAGAGCAAGGAAGAUAAAGUGUUCAGGAAACCAGCCAUGUUCCAACUGUGAAAUAUAUAACUGUCCAUGUGCUUUUACACCUAUUAAGCGCAAGAAUUUAUCAGACAAAGGUAUCGAGAGAAUUGCAAAUAAUGAUCAUCUCUUUCAAGAAAAUAAUGCAAGUACAACGACUAAUAUACGAAGUGACUUUGAAUCGACUAAUGAUGCGAAUAAGCCGGCUUCUUCAUCAGAAGUGUCGCCAAUAGAUUCAGAUGAAUCCGAAUUAAUGAAAUUUUCUGUCAUACCUGAUAAUAAUGAUGACUAUUACAUAAGUGAUCUUGAAAAACAGAAAACCUUCAUUACAUUUGAAACGAUGUUGCAACAAUUGCGAUCAGUACGUUCGUCGGAAGAUUUGGUGAAUAACGUCAAAUCUAAUAUUCAAAGACAAAUACAAACUUUAUUAGACAAUUGGGCACCUCAGGUUGAUUUUCCGAAACUGGAUGGAAAGCUUAAUGAUGGUAGCACCAACGAAGGAAAUUGUGAGUCGGUAGAAACGCUUCUUAUGAAAAAUAAAUAUAGAGAACGACUUCGAUUGGCACGGUUCACGGUGUGGUCCGAUCGUCAGAAUGAUAAAGAUAGGUCAGGCCCAAGUUCAUUCCCGCAGGCAGCUAUUGCUGAUCACAGGGCUAGAAUCUUUUGCCCUAUUAAUAUGUCAUUGAAAGGUAUCGCAUUUUUGCUUAAAAAAUAUAUUUUAGACGCUAAAGAUUCACGAAACGUGACGCUAUUGAAAGAGACUGUUUAUUUUCUAUUAAGACUAUUUGAUUUAAGCGCAUCAUAUGAUAAGAAGUAUUUGACUUUUAUGAAGGAUCCCUUAAUUUUCCUGUUGCAGAAAAACUGCAUUACAUUAGAGUCCACGAAUCCUUUUUCAAGAAAUCAUCUUGUAGCGAGAACGAUAAGGAGUCUGCCACAGUUAUUCGUUGAUACUGUUUUGAAGCGUCCUGUGGACGAUUUAAUCUCGUUCAUAGACGAUGAUUCAGCUAUGUUCAAAAUAUUGGUAAAUCUGUAUACAAUUCAUAGGAACCACUUGGGAAAUUUCUUGCUAGAUUAUGAUUAUAGUACACCACCUUCAAUACAGCAAAAUAAAGAAUUUAGAGACCACUGUGAUACCGAGGAUAUGUUAGCGGCACUUUGCACCAAUUAUUAUAAUGCACUUUUAUACAGGACUGAAGAUGAUGACAGAUUUGAAUAUCUUGAACUUUUGUCCGAAUUAGUACAUCAGUCAGUUAUAUUGCAAAGAUGGUAUUAUGUAAAACAUUUACUGGGGAAUGCUAUCCCUACUGCGAUUGAAAUUGGACUUCCCCGUUGGGAGUACUAUGUAGGUUUGGAUGAAAAUACUGCUGAAAGAAGAAGGAAUUUAUGGUGGAAAUUAUACUGUCAAGAAAAAUCUUUUUCUUUCAGGUUUGGUACGAUAUCCUCAAUCGAUGAUAAUUAUAUGAACUGUCUCUUACCAAAUGAGUUUAGAAAAAUUGGUAUAUUAUACAACAAAGACUUUGUUGCCAAUUUUUCCAACAUUCCGGUGGAAGCAUUUGAUAAAAUGACUGUAUCCUCGCUGAAACUGUAUGGCGAAUGUGCUCUUCUUCAGUUUAUUAGUGUUUUCCAAAGAAAAAAUAUUCUCUCUGAUGAAUACACCUCUAUAUUAAAUACAGGGAAACAUCCAUUGUUGAGGAAGAAAUUGUUGGAUAAGUUUAUAACUGAGUUCAAGGAUAUUUAUGAAAUUAAAGAGAUGAUUCAAACUCACACAAGGAGGCUAUUCCAUAUCGCUGGUCAAAGUCCAAGUACCGCCGGUGUCUCGAAAGCCGAGUGGAAAGAAGCAGCGGAUUUUGUCCUAUUCCAAAACCAGACUAUUUCAAGCAUGUUAGGAUCGGCUGCUCAGGUAGUAGCUCGAUUGACCGAAGUGCAAAAAGAAGAUCCAGUAAGUUGUCAACUUGAGGAGAGCUCUUCGUAUUUGUAUCAAAUGUGGAAUGAGAUGAACUCCAUUUUAUUGAAGUUGGAGGAUGAUUAUGAUGUUCAUAAUGCGUUAGUCUAUUAUUCUGUUGUAGCAAUCAUGGUGGUAGCUAAAGGGUUCGACAUUCUGGGUACUUUUUUAUCCCUCGAUGAUCUCAUCGGAGUUUUGAGGAUUUUUAAAAGAUUGGAUAAUAUAUCAUUCUUCAAGAAUAAUGAAAAUGACAGCGUGAAGGGUACACGAUUUUACGAAGAUUUCCAAAAAGGAUAUUUUACAAUGAGUCUUAUAUCCCGUGUUCUUUUUAUUUCAUAUAUGGAUGAGAAAGGGAUAGACUCUCAAUACCUAAUUGAUUUAUUGAAGAUCAAGGCACCCGAUAUCGGCGAUUUACCAUAUCUACUGUUAGAUACUAGAUCAUAUAUUUUUGAAUACAUACGGCAACCCAUUAAGAAAUCGGGCUUCAAUUUGGAAGUAAGGGAAAUGUUGGAACAUGCUAGUAGUUUAAAAAAAGUAAAUAAUCCCCAUUUUGAAUUGUCUAAUCGGAAAGAAACUAAACCGGAUGAACGUCACAUUGAUGUGGAUAAGGUCGGCCUAAAUCAAAACAAUACCGAUGAGAGCAGUUCUAAAACGAAACUAUCCCCUUUUUCGCCCAUUACUUCUCAGUUGGAUGGAAGUGGGCAAGCUAUGGAUACCCAGUCAGGAGUUCGGGAUAGUUUGGAAAGUUCAUUUGGUAUAAAAGAAAACAAAUCGUCAUUAUCUGGUACCUUGACUAAUCAGGAUAUUGAUAUAAAUUGGAAAUCUGAUUUAAAUAUUGGCACACUUGAUGACUUCAUUAACAACACAGAUUUGAAUUCCCUCUAUUCCCAAUUAUGGAACAAUGACGAUUUAGAUGUUCUCUUCUAA